AUGCAUUCCGCAGAAUUCCUCCAAGUACGUCCAACAGAGAUCUCGUCGAUUCUCCAAGGAGGUUACAACCAUCCUCUUCUUCGCUCGUGGCAACAUGAGAGACAGCUGACCAAAGACAUUUUCAUAUUUCCACUAUUUGUGACCGAUAACGAGGACGAUGAGGAAGACAUUCCAUCGCUGCCAAACAUCAAAAGAUUUGGCGUCAAGAAACUGAUUCCUUACGUGGGCACCCUGGUCAGGAAAGGCUUGAGGGCUGUUAUUUUGUUUGGAGUUCCGCUGAAAGAUGGAGUGAAGGAUCCCGUGGGAACUGCUGCAGAUGACCCAGACGGACCUGUUAUCCAGGCAAUCAAGGCCCUCAAGUCAGCAUAUCCACAGCUUUACAUCAUGUGCGAUGUCUGCCUGUGCGAGUACACUUCACACGGUCACUGUGGUGUGUUGUACGAAGAUGGAACUAUCAACACUGAGGUUUCUGUGCAACGAAUCGCGGCAGUUGCCGUGAACUACGCAAAGGCCGGCGCAAACUCUGUUGCGCCAUCAGAUAUGAUUGAUGGCCGUGUCAAGGCUAUUAAACAAGGCCUCAUAGACGCAGGUCUGGCCCACAAGACAUUUGUGAUGUCGUACUCUGCAAAAUUCAGUGGUAAUCUCUAUGGCCCCUUUAGAGAUGCUGCAUGCUCUAGUCCUGGCCAAGGAGACAGAAAGUGUUAUCAGCUACCAUCUGGUGGAAGAGGUUUGGCAAGAAGAGCCCUGGCUAGGGACAUUUCGGAAGGAGCGGACGGUAUUCUAAUUAAACCGUCCACUUUCUAUUUGGACAUUGUUAGAGAGGCCAGCGACUUAUGUGGAGAUUAUCCUGUUGGCUGCUACCAUGUCAGUGGCGAGUACGCCAUGUUGCACGCUGCAGCUGAAAAGGGCGUUGUCGACCUGAAAACGAUCGCUUUCGAGGCUCAUUACGGGUUCCUCAGAGCGGGGGCCAGAAUCAUCAUCUCAUACUUCACUCCAGAAUUCCUUGAGUGGCUCGAUGAGCCUAUCCCGAUGUAAAUAAUCAUAGACCGGCUAUGAAGACACUGGUAAUAAAUAAAGAUAAAUAUUCAUGCAGGUAGUGGGGCAGGUUGCUCCUCUUCGCGCUCCUUUGGUUGCUCCUUUUUGACAUCGGGCAGAGGCUUGUUGACAACGUCUGGAAGUCGGGUCGCAACAUCUUUCUGGGAAGCCUCCUUUGCUCUCUCUUGUUUUUCCAGUUCCUCGAGCUCCAGAUCCACUUCAUCUUCUAGACUCUUAGACAUGAGUUCUCCCAGUCUAUUGCUCAACUCUUCCUGGUACCUAAUUCCCUCUUCUGAAUCGUCCAAUAUUUUAUCCACUUUCUCU